AUGGCGGGACCUGAGUGGCAGUCCGUGGAGCAGUGCCUGGAAAAGCAUCUGCCGCCUGACGAUCUGGGCCAGGUGAAGCGAAUUCUCUACGGCAAGCAGACUAGGGAUCUCGAUCUGCCCAGAGAAGCUUUAGAAGCUGCCUCACAAAGAAACUUUGAACUGAAGGGAUACGGUUUCGAGGCAGCCAAGGAGCAGCAGAGAUGCCCCCAGAUCGUGCGCGUGGGCCUCGUUCAGAACAGAAUCCCGCUCCCCACUUCCGCCCCUGUGGCAGAACAGGUCUCUGCCCUCCACAAACGCAUAGGGGAGAUUGCCGAGGUGGCAGCCAUGUGUGGAGUCAACAUCAUCUGUUUCCAGGAGGCGUGGAAUAUGCCCUUUGCUUUUUGUACGCGAGAAAAACUUCCUUGGACAGAAUUUGCUGAGUCGGCAGAGGAUGGGCUCACCACCAGGUUCUGUCAGAAGCUGGCCAAGAAGCACAACAUGGUGGUGAUAUCUCCAAUUUUGGAGCGUGAUAGAGAUCAUGGGGGAGUUCUGUGGAACACAGCUGUGGUGAUCUCCAAUUCAGGACUGGUCAUGGGAAAGACCAGAAAGAAUCACAUCCCGAGAGUGGGUGACUUCAACGAGUCCACCUACUACAUGGAGGGAAACCUGGGCCACCCCGUGUUCCAGACCCAGUUUGGCAGGAUCGCGGUGAACAUUUGCUACGGGCGGCAUCACCCCCUCAACUGGCUCAUGUACAGUAUCAACGGAGCUGAAAUCAUCUUCAACCCUUCGGCAACCAUUGGAGAACUCAGUGAGUCCCUGUGGCCGAUCGAAGCCAGAAACGCAGCCAUUGCCAAUCACUGCUUCACCUGUGCCCUCAACCGUGUGGGUCAGGAACGCUUCCCCAACGAGUUUACUUCUGGAGAUGGAAAGAAAGCUCACCAUGACCUUGGCUACUUCUAUGGUUCGAGCUACGUGGCAGCUCCCGACGGCAGCCGGACCCCCGGCCUCUCCCGUAAUCAGGAUGGGCUGCUGGUCACUGAGCUCAACCUCAAUCUCUGCCAGCAGAUCAACGAUUUCUGGACUUUCAAGAUGACAGGACGGCUUGAGAUGUACGCCCGGGAGCUUGCCGAAGCGGUCAAACCCAACUACAGUCCCAACAUUGUGAAGGAAGAUCUGGUUCUACCCCCUAGCUCGGGUUAGGUUUGGGGACAUGUCCAGCCCCAGUGGAUAAGUUUUAAAAUGCACACAAGGGGGUUUUCAAUAAUCAAGCAGGAGGAGGGUAGAACAGGCAAGUGUGUGUGUGUGUGUGUGUGUGUGUGUGUGUGUGUGUGAUCAUUGUUAAUGAUGAAUAUGAGAUUUUUCCCCCCAGGGAUUUGGAAA